UGUGGUGUGUGCGCAUACUUUGUGUAAUAUAUUUUAAAAUGUAAAGCUUGCAACCACAUUUUGUUCUAUUAUCUAAUAAUAACUGUGAUUCAUAUUUCUGGUGGUUUCCCGCAGCCCUUCUUAUCAUACGGAAAGGAAGUACUCGGGAAUCAAACCGCUGAUACAAAUAAUAUUCUUUUUCAGUAUGAGUUAUCGUGGCAUCAUUAGCGAACGAAAUUAGUGCUGAAAGAAAUCAUUUUUACGUGAUACACAGUACACAUAUUUUCCACAUGUAACAAUUACGGAAUUCAGGAUGCAUUUUACAGUAAAUUUAUUCAUUAUUCUAAUUAUUCCUUUAUCGUUGAUUGCUGCGCAAAAUGCUACCGUUGGUACUACUACCGUUAGCACUACUACUGCAAAACCUCCAUCCACGCCGGACUCAAAUAAACGUUUUUAUUUCUUAGAAUACAAGAAACCCGACAAAAAAUCAACUGGCGGAUUAGAAAGUGAGUUGUUCAACAAACGUUUAACAAAUUGGUUAUUUACUGGAUGUUGGAAUUCUCGUAAAUUCGCUGAUCCGGACAGAUGCACAAAAUAUCGCACUGCGUCCGAGUAUCCUGGUUAUGACGGAUGGAACAACAAUGUUGCUAAGCCAGAACUCGGUGCAGUUGACACUCCGUUACUGAGAAGAUCGCCGGCGGCUUACGAGGAUGGAGUAUAUAAACCUUCGGGUUCUAAGAGACCAGAACCAUUAGAGCUAAGUGAGAAGUUGCUGAAGGGAAAAAUCGGAUCUAAAUCAAAAACAGGAAGAAACGCCUUACUUGUAUUUUUCGGUCAACAAGUAGUGGAGGAAAUCUUAGAUGCUCAAAGACCGGCGUGUCCACCUGAGUAUAUCAAUAUAGACAUACCAGAAGGCCAUCCAUAUAGAAGUAAACCAGGACACACAAAAAUGCCUGUUUUACGCACACGAUAUGAUCACCGAACGGGUCAUUCGCCAAAUAAUCCUCGCCAACAGUUAAACGAGAUUACACCGUACUUAGACGGUGGACUGAUUUAUGGUACGUCCAAGGCAUGGUCAGACGUUUUAAGGACAAAUGAUAGCGGAAUAGUACAACCUAACGGUCUGCUCGCAUCAUCGUACUUCGGCUUGUAUCCCGAUUACAACACCGUCAGAUUACCAAUGGCCAAUCCACCACCACCCAUCUACCACGAGCGAUACGUUUCAAGGCAUUACACCGAGAGCGUCACCAGAUAUUUUAAAUUGGGGAAUCCACGAGGGAAUGAAAAUCCUUUUUUGCUGACUUUCGGUAUAGUGUGGUUCAAGUGGCACAAUGUCAUAGCACUUAAUAUUAAGCGUAACAAUCCGAAUUGGACAAGCGACAAAAUUUACAACGAGGCCCGUAAGUGGGUAAUAGCAACUCAGCAGCACAUCGUCGUCAACGAAUGGCUACCCUCGUGGUUGGGAUCCAAUCUUUCUGCGUACAAUGGUUACAAUCCCAAUAUCGAUCCGCAAAUAGAUCAGUUUUUCCAAUCGGCUGCUUUUCGCUUUGGACACACUUUAGUCCCACCAGGUGUAUACUUACGCGAUCACGGGAGAAACAACUGUUCUUUGGAAUAUCCAAUCAGAACGUGCAAUAAUUAUUGGAUGCCGGAGAAUUCUCUCCAUGCUAAUUUGAAAAAGAUAGACGAUACCAUCAGCAUCGAAAAAUUAUUAAUGGGAAUGGCUAUCCAAUUAUGCGAAGAAGAAGAUCAUAAGAUCGUUGAGGAUCUCCGGGGCAGUUUAUUCGGUCCACUAGAAUUUUCCAGGAGAGACUUAAUGGCACUCAAUAUUCAAAGAGCACGUGAUCAUGGAGUGCCCGAUUAUAACAGCGCUCGUCUCGCAUAUGGUUUGCCCAAAGUUAAAAAUAUAUCUUUUUUUAAUCACGUGGACAUAGAGAUUCUACAGGAAUUUCUCAGACUGUAUAAUAAUUCGUUCGACGAUGUAGAUAUCUGGAUAGGAGGAAUAUUGGAAACCAUCGAUGGACCUGGACAAUUAUUCCGAACGAUCAUUAGUGAUCAAUUUCAGCGAAUACGCGACGGUGACAGAUUUUGGUACAAGAAUUUGAAUAAUGGACUUUUUAGUGAAGAAGAAACUCAAAGAAUAGAAGAGCUGUCAUUUUAUGACAUACUAAUGAGUGUUACUGGAAUGGAUUGGAAUGAUAUCCCAAAGAAUCCUUUUAGAGUUCCUGUGGCAGAGGACGAUAUACAUCCUAGCUGCAAUAAAAUUCUUGUAAAAGGCCGAUGUAAUGGAAAGCCUUGCUAUCAUGCCGCCCAGAUAGACAAAGACAAAAUCGAGAAAUGUACAGAACCUGGAACUUACGAUUUUUUCUCUAACAGCAGUGUAUCUUUCAUUUUUACUUUCCUAGGUGUAUCAGCGUUUUUCUGCGGUUUUAUUACGCUGAUCUUUUUUAAGAUACAACUCCAAGAUAAAAAAACAAUGAAAGAUAAUAUUAGAAACAUAGACCAUAGCGAUACAGAUGUAAUACAUGUUGCUAGCGAAUGGCAGGAGCCAAAAGCUUCACUGAGACGUAUAUUAUUAGUGCCAAAUACCAGAAAAAUGCAGUUAGAAAUAAAAAAUGAACUAGGAUACUUAAUACGCGCAGUCGAUUUUCCGUCAAAUAGUAACAUCAUGAUUUAUUGCGCAUCAGAUAAACAUUAUAUGCUGAUUCGUGUGCAUCACAGUUACGAUUUAGUAUUGAAGUUCGAUUCAGAUUUCUUGAGAAGCACAUUCAUAAAUGCAUUCGAGAGAUUUAUAUCAGAGAUUUCAACCUCCAGAAAUGCAUGCUCGAUACAAAUGAUGACGAACAUUACAUGUACGGCAUUACUCAAACAAGCAAUAACCAAAAAGCAUCGCCAAAAGAAAUUAGAAAUGUUCUUCCGCGUUGUAUUUGCGCAGGCAUUUCAUAUUGCACAUACUGAAGACGAGAUCUUACAAAUAGAUUCAACAGUUGCGAAAGAAGUAAUUUACACUGAGUUGACCAUUAUAGAAUUUGCAGAAGCUUUAAGUAUGAGACCGGAUGCUGAAUUUGUAAAAAAGAUAUUUAAUCUAGUGGACAAGGACAGAAAUGGCUUUAUAUCAUUUCGGGAGUUCGUUGACAUGUUGGUAAUAUUUUUGAAAGGUUCUGCCGAAGAGAAAAUGAAAUUAAUGUUCGAUAUGUAUGAUAUUAACGGGAUAGGAAGACUUAAAAGAGGAGACUUUUCAAAUAUGUUAAGAUCAUUCAUGGAAACAAGUAAUGCCGACGUAACGGACGACGAAUUGGAAACUUUGGUGCAAUCCAUGAUGACCCACGCUGACUUGGCAAACAAAGAAACUAUAAAUUUUCAAGAGUUCCAGCAGAUACUCAGCGAUUUUAAUGAUAAAUUCAAUUAUGCGGAAUUAGAGUUUAGCGUGCCUAGAGAUGGAAAGGGCAGUAGAAAACUUCACGCGGGUGUUAAAACGCUUAGAUCAACGUUUAUCGGCGAGGUGCAAAAAACCGUGGAAAGCUUGUACGCUGAUCCAAGCGAAUUACAAUCCAGGAUCGAGGGCAAAGUUGAUAACGAGCAGGAUACAAAAGAAGGAAGGAGCAACAGUGAGAUUAUCGACAAGAACAAGACGAUCGUCGAAGAAAUGAAGAACAAUUUGGAUGAUUAUUGGUAUCCUAUAAUGAAAUAUCUCGCCAACAAACAGUUGCAAAUAUUCUGGUUAUGUCUGUACACUUUAUUCCUACUUGGAAUUUUCGCGGAACGAGUUUAUUAUUACUCUAUACAACGAGAACACAGUGGUUUGAGACGGAUACUGGGCUACGGCCUGACUAUAACAAGAGGUUCAGCUUCAGCUAUGAUGUUCGCCUAUUCCACACUUUUACUUACAAUGUGCCACAAUACAAUUACUAUUCUAAGAACUACGAUUUUACAAUUCUACAUUCCUUUCGAUUCGGCGAUUGAAAUGCACAAAUAUAUCGCUUGCUGGGCACUGAUCUUUACUGUGUUACAUAUAAUUGGACAUGGCUUUAACUUUUAUCACAUAUCCACGCAAACUGCCGACGAUUUGACAUGUUUGUUUCGCAAUUACUUCCACGCGACGCAUGAACUGCCCAAAUUUCAUUAUUGGUGUUGGAGUACGAUGACAGGUUUCACGGGAGUACUUUUAACCAUUGUGACUGGAUUAAUAUUUAUGUGUUCACUGUCGAUAGUGCGCAAAUCAUUUUACAAUUGGUUCUCUUUCGUACACUCCUUAUAUCCAUUUUUUUACAUACUCAUGGUUUUACACGGCAGCGGAAGAUUAGUACAAGAACCAUAUUUCCAUUAUUUCUUUUUGGGACCAGCUGUUCUAUUUAUUCUCGAUAAAGUCGUAACUGUCACUAGGACAACAAUCGAAAUACCUAUACUCAAAGCUGAAAUUCUACCAUCAGGUGUAACAUGCAUCACAUUUCCCAAGCCUCUAAAUUUUCAAUAUAAAUCUGGUCAGUGGAUAAGAAUAGCAUGUCCAGCGUUACAAACAAAUGAAUAUCAUCCGUUUACUUUAUCGUCUGCGCCGCACGAAACGAGCUUAAGUAUACAUGUACGAGCAGUUGGACCAUGGACUACAAAUAUUAGAGAGAAAUUAGAAUCGUGCACAAUGUCUAAUACAAAAAAUUUUCCAGUGAUUCAUAUAGAUGGUCCAUUUGGAGAAGGCCACCAAGACUGGGAUAAAUAUGAAGUAGCGAUCAUGGUGGGUGGUGGCAUAGGCGUCACCCCCUUCGCAUCGAUACUUAAAGACAUUGUUUUUAAAUCAAACUGCAAGUUAAACUUUGGUUGCAAAAAAGUAUACUUCCUUUGGGUUACGAGAACACAGAAACAAUUUGAAUGGAUGGUCGAUAUACUCAGAGAACUCGAAAAAGCAGAUGUCAAUAACACAGUGUCGAUUCAUAUUUGUAUUACUCAGUUUUAUCAGAAAUUUGACUUACGCACGAUACUCUUGUACAUCUGCGAACGCCACUUUCAAAAGAUUUCAAACAAGUCUUUGUUCACUGGUUUGCAAGCAGUUACGCAUUUCGGGCGGCCAAAAUUCUCUGAGUUCUUCUUGUCUAUACAAAAAUUACAUCCUACUAUAAAUAAGAUUGGUGUUUUUAGUUGUGGUACACCAGCUAUGACGCAAGCAGUAGAUGCAGCUUGUAAAGCAAUUAAUUUAAAAGAAAGCAACAAUACAUUGUUUCAACAUCAUUAUAAAAGCUUCUAAGUUUAUGAAUAUCUAAUAUAAAAUUAUAGCGCAAAUCUAAGCAU